AUGCAUUUGGAACGCAAGCUGGAACGCACGGAUAUGACGCGACGGCUUGCGAUCGAAAAAAACGGAAGUGACGUAUCGAUAGUGUUACCCGGAAAUGGAGAGAGAAAGAGGCUUGAUACGCUGGGCGUCACCAUUCCCAUGGUGAUAGCCCACGAAAGUUCAAGCCGAAAAACAAGCAUCUUCACCCCGGAGGGGUACAUAUAGCAGGAGCCAGUGCAAGAAGGUAAUAGACUUUUUCUCACAUCCAGCUGAGGAAGCCUUCACGGCGAAACGCAUCCUGGGAACAUUGUGAGCCUAAAGACUUUUUAAUUACUGGACUUUUUAUGCCAUUAUAGUGUUUUUUGUAUAUAUAUAUAUAUUUCUUAUAUUUUUAUUGUACUUAUAUGUAUAUAGUCAAUAAAGCUUAUAUUUUUGGGAGACACUAUUGGCAUUUUCCUGCUAUUCUAAAAGAAGGAGUGUGGUCCUUAAUCCUCAUAAGCUAUUGGAUCAGAGCCGAUGCGGAUGGCUCUGGGUUUGUAAGUACCCUAUUUCCCUCACUAUUUGAUAUACACCAAGUCUACGUUAUUGCACCAGAGGUUUUUUCCUUUAUACAUUUCAGAAUACAAGAAAGGAAGAGUUAAAAGAAGGGAUAAGAGUCGCCUUGACGGACUCUGAAAGCGCUUCAAUUGAGCUAUACCUCUUUAGCUCCUAAAAGUGAAAUUCCUAUAAAGGACUAUUGUGAAGUAUAUAAAAAAGAAGGUAUACUUUUAGUAUUCUGGUGUUUAUCACUUGGUAUUAUCUCCCCACUUUGGUCAUCUAUUUGCAUAUAGCGCUUCACCCAUACACCGGUUUAUACUGCAUCCAUUGCACACACACACACACCGCAUCCACUUUACAAACGCACUCUGCAUCCACUACACACAUUCUACAUCUACUAUACACACACAUGCAUCUCUGUGGGCGGCGGACUCGGGGGCGGCUAUGUGGGCGGCUCUGUGGGUGGGCUCGGGGGCGGCUUUGUGGGUGGGCUCGGGGGCAGCUAUGUGGGUGGGCUCGGGGGCAGGCCCCUGGGGGCCCAGACCUUGAGUUGUGUCAGGAGCCCCACAAUUUCUGAUGGCAGCCCUGUACCCAAUUACCCUGCUGUCUAUUCAGCCCUUAAUACUAGUAACGACAUUACACUUGACGGGCACUAUUCGGCCAUCGAGCCAUUACCCAACCAGAUGAAAUGACAGCUAAAUAUGUCUAUAUGUUUAAUUACACGUCAUCUACAUCACUGGACUAAUACGGCUACAAUCUCUACUUGAACAUCAUAUGUAUAAUUUAUUUUUUUUGCACCGAUUCAUUAUAUGCAUUAAAAAUAUACACAGAUUUUCACAAAUAUAUUUCCUCCUAAAACCCUAAAUAAGGUUUGAGUUAGCAGCCAUUUUGGAGGAGUCUGGUGUUGCUGUACCACUAGAUGGAGACAUUUCCGGUUUCCCCCACGCACUCACUGCGCAGUGCGAACCCUCGUGGGCGACAAUCUCCUCCCAGCUUUCUCUUUACCCGAACCCAACAUGGCCGCUGCGGCUUCCCCGACUGAGCGCGGUGACGUCACGCAGCGUAGCGCGUAGUGCGAACUCAGCAUGCGCGGCGGCCAUCUUGGAAAGUCCCCUGUGUGCAGUGACUGAGCGAGAUCUUACCGGCUGCUGGAGCUUCCUCCCGGUACUCACAGACCACAGUCACCGAUCGGUGAGUCUGCCCCUCCUCUGCCACUCACAGUGCCAGGGCACUCAGCUGGCACCCUGCAUUCUGCCUUCUCUAUUACAAUGCAGGGAUUACCUCCUCUGCCCAGUCACCUCUCCCUGUCAGCACUACCUCCACCAGAAACCAGCACAAUAGGGCUCAAUAGGGAAGGAGUUCAUACUUUCAGUCUCUUUCAAGUCCAUUGUGUUUCCAAGGAACGUGCAAGGCACGAAAACAUGAUUAAUAAUAAUAAUAAUGAUAAUUAUAAUAAAUAUAAAUAACAAUAAGUGCUAUUUCUCCUUGGCACUGGGUGUAAGGAAGCAGCUAUUCAGUAAUAAAUGUACCCCAUAUUCUGUUACCCUUGGCAGAGCUGAGCCAGGCUAUAUGGAGUAAUAAUUAGUGGGAUUUAUAGGUCAGUGUCGUUGACGUUCCCUUUUUCUUUUACGUAUAUAUCAUCCCAAGUACCCAAUAUUAUGUAAAGAGUCGCAAUAGACCGCAUGAAUAAAUGGAAAUAAUUAUAUCCCGUGAGAAUGGGGGCAAGCUCUAGCUGUCUUGUAGACGAGAGUUUGACGUAAGAAGUAUUACAGCAAUAUGGUCAUGUUUAUCUUUAGGUGAAUAAUAAUAAUUAUUAUUGGCAUUUACAUAGUGCCGACAUAUUCCGUAGCACUUUAUGAUAUUAUACAAGUGGGAGAUUUAAAAAAAAUAAAUGACAAUAAACAAUAACAUUGUGUUUUCAGCUUAAAUCCAGUGGGUCGCUAAUAGGACGUUUUUGGUGCAUUGCCGGAUGUUGCUCUACCACCUUAAUGUGCAAUGAUUAUUAUUAUUAUUUAUAACGCGCCAAUGAAUUCUGUAGCGCUGUACAAUAGGUGGACAAACAGUGAUGUAAUUGCAACAAGGCGAGCUUAAAGGACCACUAUAGUGCCAGGAAAACAAAAUCGUUUUCCUGGCAUUAUAGGGUCUUUAGAUCCCCCCACCCUCCUAAGGGUCCCACUCCCGCUGGGCUGAAGGGGUUAAACACUUACCUUUCUCCAGUGCCAGACUCCCUCGGCGCUGGGGAACUCUGCUGAUGUCAGUGCCGAAUGCGCAUGUGCGGCAAGAGCUACGUGCACAUUCAAAUAGUCCAUAGGAAACCAUUUCUCUAUGCUUUCCUAUGGACGUCCAGCGUCUUCUCACUGUGAUUUUCACAGUUAGAUUCGCGGAAGUGCCUCUAGUGGCUGUCGGUGAGUCAGCCACUAGAGGCUGGAUUAACCCUAGUGGAAACAUAGCAGUUUCUCUUAAACUGCUAUGUUUACAGCUGCAGGGUUAAAACUAGAUGGACCUGGCACCCAGACCACUUCAUUGAGCUGAAGUGGUCUGAGUGCCUAUAGUGGUACUUUAAGCUAAGGCACAGGGACAGAAAGGGUUGAGGGCCCUGCUCAAACAAGCUUACAUUCUAAAGGGAAUGAGGUAAGGUUAGGAUUUAUUGCAGGUAUAAUAUAGUAGGUUACUGGAAUAGUUUACACUGAAGGAUUUAUUGGAUGACACAGUUACAGGAGAAGGAUGGGUUACCAAGGUGCAGGCUUUAUUCGACUGCCCGUUUACCCCUUCAUGACCUGUACUUUUGCACUGAUUUAAAUUUUUUUUUUCAGAGCGGCAAAAAAGGAACACCAUACAACAUGGUAAGUGGAUGUCUCCUAAAUGGCAUUGUGUAGUUGUGGUCAUUGCUUAUAGCAGAACCCUGGGUUAUGUGGAGGGUUGCCAGAGCUUCUUUUGAAGCUAAUGGUGCCGAAUGUGAAAACCCCUGCUAACCAGCUAGAGCGUAUAUGAUUCUUCCCAUCCUUGCUUACGAAGAAUAGUCAAUGGUGUUAAUUCAUCUAUUUGUUUUUACAAGUUUGACAGUAGUGCUUUUCAACGUUUGAUAGUUGAAAUUGUCAAGACCUAAAGUAAUUUUGUCUCAAAGGUUAUUUAUGAAAACCUAUAUUUUGUAAUGGGCUUAUUGUGCACACACCGAUUAUCAAAAAAUUUAGUUUUUAUUUUAAUGUACAUGACAUUAGCGUGGGGGCAGCACAGCUGUCUGUGGUUGUUCUGGUGACUAUAGUAUCCAUUUAAUUAAAUUUUAUACCAAAUCUCUGAAAAAGGAAAAAAAAACACCUUUAUUAGACCAUUCUCAUUGUGAUUGGUUUAUCCAUUAAAACGCUGACGUCAGUGGUACUGAAGUAAACUAUUUUUGGACGCUGUUUGGAGCCUUGGAAUUAUGACAUGCCUGUACCAUCUACUUGGGACUAUUAAAAUAGCAUGGGGUUCAAUUUUGGUUCAAUAGCAUGGGGUUCAACCGCAGAGAUUAGAUUCCACAGAUAUAAUAUGUCCAUGGAACAUCGGUUGCUACAAAUGAAUGUCCUUAUGUUCUGUAGCAGUGCAGUAAUCCACAUGUGAUUGCAUAUCUGGAUCUCAUUCAGUGUCUGUUACUUAUUGAGUCUUAUUGUCUGCUUUAUCAAGUUUCAAGUUAAAUAUUGGUUUUGCUGAACCAGUUAUGACUAAUCUCGACAAUUCAGAUAUUUGUGGACUACAUUUCCCAUUAUGCUUAGCCUGCAGAAAGCUAUCUGGAUACCCUCGAUAUGUAGACCACAAAGUCUAUAUUAUCAAGCGUCACCAUCACUAGAUUGUGAUUUGUUUCUGUUGCAUUUCCAUGCGUCUUGUUGCUCAUUCUUCAUUUUUUCUAUUACAUCGAAUGUGACCGCACACAUCCCAUUGUUGCUUAAGUACUGGACAGUUGCUGCCUUUGAUAUUUAGUAGUUUUAUUUCUUUCAGUUACAUUGUUUAGUACAGUUUCAUGCAUUCUAUGUGCAAUAUUUGUGAAUUGUAUUAUUAACACUUUGUUUUGUCUCAUAUUGACAGUCUAGAAGAUAUGAUUCCAGGACUACUAUAUUCUCCCCUGAAGGUAUGUUCUGUGCUAUGUUCUUGGUUAUAAUUAUGUUUCAUGUAAUGCAGGAUCUUACUUAUUUGAAAUGUUAGGGCUUGGUACAUUUGCAAAGUGAAAGCUUUCUUUGUGCAACUAAGCAUGGAUCUUACUUUCACUUUCGCUCCUGCUGAUCGAAUAUAUAUAAUAUUCAUUCGGUUAAAGGGACACACCAGACCCUAAAGCACUUUGGCUCUCAAGAGUGUGUCCUUUCUCUUUUUUUAUUUUUUUUAUUUUUAUUUUACAAAGUGCAGACAUCAACAAAAAUGUGUACCUUUAUAAAUUAACCUUGUUACAUACAACUGGCUGUCAGACAACCGGCCCUGUUACUUCAUGGUUUGGUUAACUCAGUGGAGCUAAACUCAAGAGGCAGUAAUUGCCCAGAGCACCUGCCUUGGAAAGACUUCUCAUUGAGCUGCAUUGGGACGUCUGUGAUUGGACAGCCACAUAAAGUCUGGGCGUGGUUAGACAGGGAGGGCUUGCAAAGGCUUCAGGCAAGAGAUCUGCAGCUUUUUCGUGAUUUAUUUAUAUAUACCCCAUUGGAAAAAUGUAUAAUUAAACGCUUGCAUGUUUUUAAUGGGGGUAUAUCUGCUAAACAGUGAUUUUUAAAAAUGUAUUUCUUUUUCGGGAACUAACCAGGAUUUUUUGUAUUAAGUUUACUUAUCUACUAUGUUUAAUAAAUGUGCAUAUGUAAAGUAUAACAAAUAAAAACUGAGGUCUUUGCAUAGUUUGCAAAGAUCCCUCAGAUGGUGACAUCACCACUCGGGGUGCACUGGACGUGAGUUAUACUUACCUGAUGCUGUCCCUCACGAGCCCCUCUGUCUUCAGCUCCUGGCGCUUUCUGUGUAUGGAGCCCAUGCCGGUGCUGUAGUCUCAGAAGUGUGCAAGAGGUACAACACUGAGGUCUAUGUCUGUAGAUAUUAGCAAGCAAAGCACGAGACAAUGCUUUAUUCCCAAAACCAUUGCUGGUGGCAACUGGGGGAAGUGAAAAAAAAAAAGUAGCUGUAACUCUGACUUUUACCAUCUUGAAAUACCAUAAAGCAAAGUAGUAGCUUCUUUGUCUUAUGUCUUUUGAUUGUGUUGGAAUUUCAAUGACACUGUGAAUUUAUCCUGCAGCUGUGCAAAGCAAGUAGGGCUGUCUCUAGAAUCUAUCCAUUGCACAUUUAAUAGAAUAAAUAAUAAAAAUAAUUUUCUCAUUCUAGGUCGUCUGUAUCAGGUGGAAUAUGCCAUGGAAGCAAUUGGACAUGCAGGCACCUGCUUGGGAAUUUUAGCAAAUGAUGGCGUUUUGCUAGCCGCCGAGAGACGUAAUAUACACAAGCUGCUGGAUGAGGUGUUUUUCUCAGAGAAAAUCUAUAAAUUGAAUGAGUAAGUUAUAUCAAAAUACAAAACGUAAUGUAAGAUCAAUUCCCAAAGCCUGGGUUACUCCAACCAAAACCCUUUUUUUUUUUUUUUUUAUAUAAAUAAAACACUGUUUUUGGUUAGAGUAACCCUUCCCAUUCUGCUUCCCUAGUCCCCCCCCACAAAAAGGAAAAAAAAAAAAUUCUCCCUUCAGCCUGAACCUAUGCUGCUAAUGUCACUCCUCUUCGCUGGAAGUAGAGGACAGGCUGAGCGGAGGACAUGGGCAGCACCCCUGGCAACAAAUAAGUUAAACUUGGUAUGUGCAGCACUACACAUAUAUACUUCAGACACCAUCACCACUUCAAAUCACAGAAGUGGUCAUGGUGCUUGGGGUGACACUUUAAUGUUUGUUUUUUUUCUUCAUAAAUUAUGUGCUGAUUGUCUUUGACUGUGACAAUGUUGAUAGUUUAUCAACAACUGAUUGGCAUUAAUUAAACCGUUAAACUUGGCACAAUGGAUUACACAACCGAUGAAAUUAAUUGCAUAUUGUGCAGGUUAGAGUUUUUAAUACAAAUGAUCCACCACUCUAUACAAACAUUGUGCUUCUUCCAUUCUACCUUUACUCAUGCUGCUUUGCACUGUUUAAGGGUCAAUUCUCUCACAUUAAAUACCUCUAUAUAUUUUGUUGAUAUAAAGUGUGAUUCUUUAACAAUGUUCCUAAUAGAAUUUUCAUCAGAAAUUAAACAACUUGCGUUUCUUUUUUUUCUCUCUUCUUUUUAUUUAUUUAUUUUAAAUGUACUCUUGGCAAGCAUGCUGAUUUAAAAAAAAAAAAAAAAAAUGUCCACAAAGUUUCAUGAGAUGUUAAUUCCAAAGAGAUUUUCCGCUAUUUGUACACCAGUUGGAUAAUUGGAUAACCCCCCCACCCCCCGGUCCCCCUACACUUGCCAGGUAAUAGGUCACAACCUGCAUGCAGUGUCUUACAUUUUGUAAUGUAUGUGUUUCAGUGAUAUGGCAUGCAGUGUGGCAGGAAUUACAUCAGACGCCAAUGUGUUGACAAAUGAACUGAGGCUCAUUGCACAGAGGUAAGUUUUUAAUUAUUUGUAAAGGGCAGCAGUCACCAUAUAAACAGAAGGUUUUUUUUUUUUUUAAUAAUUUUUUUCUGCAGAUAGUGCUAUAGCUAGACAUUUGCAUCACAAUUUUGUACUUUAUAAAUAUCUAUAUGUUUAAAGGUACCCUGUCGCUAGUGCGACAUUACUGCAACAUGGUCCAGUGAUACACCAUAUUCAAGAUUUUAAUUGUAAGGAGACCAGUAAAAAUCUGUUAAUAAUUUAAAUUAUAUAUCAUACUAGCUAAAUGGGUAAGAAGAAAAUAAUAAAAGCAAGUCUGCCAUGUACUUCCAUGGCAAAGGACACUAAUAAAGGAAUACUCAAAGAACUCCAACCUUACAGCCAUAUUUUGCUGUUAUGGUGACAGGUGUGCCAUGGCAUCCUCCCAGUAUAGUUUUUCAAACAGAACAGUUUAACAACUUACCUGCACCCCCUGGUUCUAGAUUUUUCUUGCAUGAGAAUCCAGUUAGCUCUAAUGAGGUUCUAAUCUGCGUCUCUUUAAGGAGAAAACUGGAUGCAGCAUGGAUACCUGAGGGUCAUGGCUAUGCUGUCAAACCGGUCUAAAAUGGUUUGUCAGAUACUUUGGGAGAGUUCCACAACACUUCUUACACUGUAACCACUACAGUGAUCUGUAAACCUCUUUAUGGCUGUAUGCAGUUUAAUGCUAAUGUUUGUUUAUUUAUUUGCUGGAUUUUAAUGCAGUGCAAUACCAUAAGUUGAUAAAAGAAUCAAUUGUUCUAAUCUCCCAAAAGUAGUAACAUGCUGUUUCUUUGUGUCCAAGGUAUUUGCUGCAGUAUCAGGAGCCAAUCCCAUGUGAACAACUGGUCACUGCUCUCUGUGACAUAAAACAAGCAUACACUCAGUUUGGAGGUAAUCCGUGUUUCUGUUAUUUUAAAAACUGAAAUUCUUGUUCCAUAAACAUUAUUGUUGGUAUUUAUACAGCGAUAACAUAUUCUGCAGCCCUUUACAAUAAUAAAACACCAUGCAUUAGAUUUUACGAAGGGAAUGUAAAGGGCAACCCUCCCCACCAGGAUCAAUAAAGCUGAUCAUAUUGUGAUUUGAUUCACUGCCCAGUUUCACACCAUUUUGAGCCACUACAGGAUUUGCCUCAAGUUUUACUCCUUAAAGCCAUACAGGAUAAUAGCCAGAAUAUUCAUGAUUUAAAAAAAAUGUAUAUUUUAAUCAUGAAUUGUUAAAAGUAAAACCCAGUUAGCAUGCUCAUUUAACACCUUAAGGACAGAGGGAAUUGUCCAAACAAAACCUGGAAUUUGACUAUAUGUCUCUUCAACUAUAACUUCCCCUUUCAUAUUAAACACCCACACUUAUUAUGCAUCAUUUUCAGACAAAUUAGGGCUUUCAUUUCACAGCAAAUAGUUAUAUAUGAAACAUAAUUUAUUAUGAAUAUAAAUCUAAAACAAAGUAAGAAAUUAAGCAUUUUUGUUAUUUUCCAAAUUCUGCAUGGCAUUUAUACUGUGAAUGUCAUAAUACGGUUGGUUUUACUGCAUGCUGUGAUAUCCCAUCAGUACAGCAAUGCCUCCAUGUGCAUGUUUUAUGGUGUCAAAUAUAGGACUUGCAAAUGAAAUUCUCUGGUAUUUCUGCUAGGCUGUUAAGAAUUAUAGUAGUUUAUAUAUUUAAAAUUAUGUAUGAAUGAUAUAUUUAUAUAAAAAUACACUUUGAAUGAAUUUAUUACAUCAUUUUAUUUAAAGUGUUAUUUUGAUUCUAAUACAUAUAAUUAAUACGAUUAUAUAUCAGGGGACCUGCCUGACUAACCAGCCGGUUCGUCUGCAGCCGAUCAGUGUAAUGUGAUUGCAGUGUCACAUGGAGGAUCAACACAUGGUGGUUAAAGGGACAAUGAAGUGGUCUGGGUGCAAUGUCCCUCAUGUUUUAACCCUUCAGAUGCAAACAUAGCAGUUUCAGAGAAACUGCUAUGUUUACAUUUGGGGUUAAGCCAGCCUCUAGUGGCUGUCUUCCGGACAGCCACUAGAGGCGCAUCCUCGACGCUGGGGGCAUAUUAUGCCUCCAUCGCACGGAACGUCCAUAGGAAAGCAUUGAGAAAUGCUUUCCUAUUGAUAGCUUGAAUGCGCGCGCGGCAAGAUCCUGUGACGCCGGACGGCUCCGCUGACGUCGGCGGGGGAGGAGAGGUCACCAGCCCGUAGGGAGCCCGGCACUGGAAUAAGGUAAGCUGCUGAAGGGGUUUUAACCGCUUUGUUUUCCUGACACUAUAGUGAUCCUUUAACCCCUUAAGGACCAAACUUCUGGAAUAAAAGGGAAUCAUGACGUGUCCUUACGGGGUUAAGUGUCAUUUCGUAUGGCUGGCAGGUUUUUCACUGUGGACGAAACUAUUACUUUAUAGUUCAUUUUUAUGUUCUAAAAUGCACGUAUCUGACAUGCGAAUUUAACUCAAUUGUCCAAAGAGUUUGCUUUGCAUUCAAACUCAAUGGUUGGAUUAUGACAUUUUCCAAGCCUUUUUGGCAUGCUAGUUUAUGACAUUCUCUACACACACUAAGACAACCAGAAACCCCACAAACCUCAUCACAAUACCCUGCCCUUUACCCUCACUUACCAAAAUUAAUUGCGCUCCAUCUGCAGUAAUUUAAAAUCAACAACCAUACAUGACCUUUUCAUCUCAAACUCACUCACACUGCUUGCACUUACAGAGACCUGGCUGUCCCCCUCUGAUAGCGCUACUCCUGCCUCUUUAUGUUUUGGUGGGCUACAAUUCUCUCAUACUCCCAGACUCAACUGUAAAGGAGGCGGCGUAGGUAUCCUUCUCUCCCCUCAAUGUACCUUUCAACCAAUCAUAACUCCCCCUGCCCUAUCCUUUUCUUCUUUCAAAGUUCACACUGUCCGCCUAUUUAAACCCACUCCUUUAAGAAUUGCUAUCAUCAUCCUCCCCUCCCCCUCCUCCCCCCCGGUUAUCCUAGACUAUUCAUUGAGCACUUUUCUUCCUGGCUUCCCCACUUCCUUUCAUCUAGCACUCCUUCCCUUAUACUUGGGAAUUUCAAUAUCCCAAUCAAUAACCCCAAUUGCACUGAUGCCUCUCGUCUGCUUUCAGUAACGUCCUCCUUUGGCCUUACGCAAUGGUCCAAUCUAGCAACCCAUACAGCAGGAAACACUCUUGAUCUUGCCUUCACCAACCUCUGUACUGCCUCUAAUCUCUCCAAUAUUCCCUUUCCUCUAUCUGACCACUAUCUGCUGACUUUUGACAUUGGCAUACCCAAGACCCAAUUGACACCACCGUCUGAACAUCACUCUCACAGAAACCUCGAAUGUCUUGACCUAGAGCAUUUCUCCACUAAUCUCCAAACUCUCCUUUUACCUAUCUCAAACCUCACCUGUCCUAGUUCUGCAACCUCCUUCCACAAUUCCACUCUCAACUAGACAUCAUGGCACCUUGUACAUUUAAACGCCACAGGCCCCCCAACAACAACCCUGGCACACCAAGCUCACUCGAUACCUCUAAAAAUGCUCCAGAACUGAUGAACUCUGUUGGAGAAAGUCUCACUGUGCAUCUGACUUUCUCCACUAUAAAUUUAUGCUGAGCUCAUACAGCUUGGUUCUUUCCUCUGCAAAAGUUAAUUACUUCAAUACACUCAUAACCACACUCUCCCGCGAACCCAAACGACUAUUUCACACUUUAACUCUCUUCUUCGCCCUGCUGUUCCUCCUCCACCUACUAAUUUGACUGCCUCAGACUUUGCAACUCACUUCACUGACAAGAUCUCUACAAUCAGAGAAGAGAUAUCUCAUCUUUCUUCUUCCCCUUACAAUUCUUCCCCUAACUUCACUCCCUCUGCUGUUCUAUGUUCAUUCGCACCCGCUACAUUGGAAGAGGUUUCUGCUCUGCUCCAGUCCUCCCGCCCCACCACCUGCUCCCUAGAUCCAAUUCCCUCGCACCUCAUCCGUACUCUGUCUUCUUCUCUUUCUCCGUCUCUCUCUCUCUCCUCUGGUAUAUUUCUAUUGCCCUUCAAACAUGCAACUGUAACCCCAAUUCUAAAGAAGCCCAAUCUUGACCCUAACUCCCCAUCCAACUAUCGUCCUAUCUCGCUACUGCCUUUUGCAUCCAAGAUCCUUGAAAAAAUUGUGUAUACGAGAUUGACAGACUUCCUCGAGUCCAACACUCUGCUAGACCCGCUUCAGUCUGGUUUCCGCGCUAAGCACUCUGUGGAAACGGCACUGACCAAAGUAUCCAAUGAUCUACUCGCUGCAAAAUCUCAUAGUCACUAAUCUAUCCUAAUUCUCCUUGACCUGUCUGCGGCUUUUGACACUGUUGAUCAUUAACAGCUUUUUCUCAUCCUCCGCAAUAUCGGUCUACAAGAUACUGCUUUCUCCUGGUGCUCCUCCUACCUCUCCCAGCGCUCUUUCAGUGUUUCUUUCUCUGGCUUUGCUUCUUCUCCCCAACUCCUCUCUGUUGGUGUCCCCCAAGGUUCAGUCCUUGGUCCCCUACUGUUCUCCAUCUAUACUGCCUCCCUUGGUAAACUUAUUAGCUCCUUUGGCUUCCAAUAUCAUUUCUAUGUGAUGACACACAAAUCUACCUGUCCUCUCCUGAUCUCUCCCCGUCCCUCUUGACUAGUGUCUCUGACUGCCUCUCUGCUGUUUCUAGCUGGAUGGCUGCCCACUUCCUUAAACUAAAUUUGACCAAAACUGAAAUUUUCUGGUCUUUCCUCCCUCAAGUGUUGUUACUCCUGUGUCUGUCUCCCUCCAAGUCAACGGUGCUACCAUCAGCUCCACCACGCAGGCUCGCUGCCUAGGUGUUCUCUUUGACUCCGACCUCUCCUUCAAGCCUCAUGUUCAAUCUAUCGCCAAAUCCUGUCAUAUCCAUCUCAAAAACAUUGCGCGCAUCCACCCCUACUUAACGCCAGAUGCGACUAAGGUGUUGGUCCAUUCCACUGUCCUUUCUCGCCUUGACUACUGUAAUCCACUUCUCAGUGGUCUUACGUGCUCCCAACUAGCGCCGUUACAGUCCAUAAUGAAUGCGGCGGCGAGGCUCAUCUUCCUGUCCGCCCGCACCUCCAAUGCCUCACCCUUCUGUCAGUCUCUACAUUGGCUUGCUAUAAAAUAUAGAGUUCAAUUUAAAAUUAUGGUUCUUGCUUUCAAAUCUCUACAUAAUGCUGCUCCCACCUAUCUAUCCUCCCUUAUACACAAGUAUGUCCCGUCUAGGCCCUUACGAUCUGCUGAAAACUUACGUCUAUCUUCUGUCCGUACUCCCACCUCUGAUGCUCGCCUUCAAGAUUUCUCGAGGGCUGCACCGUUCCUGUGGACUCGCUUCCCUCCUCUGUUAGAUGCUCACCCAGUCUCCACUCCUUCAAAAAAUCGUUAAAAACCCACUUCUUCAUAAAAGCGUAUCAAUUAAACUGUUAAUAGCUCCUGACUGAUUCCUCUUCUGCAACUGUCACUAGUCUAAUACUAUCCUUACCUUUUUGUGUCAUUUUACCCCACUCCCUCUAGCAUGUAAGCUCAUUGAGCAGGGCCCUCAACCCCUCUGUUCCUGUGUGUACAACUUGUCUGGUUACAACUACAUGUCUGUUCGUCCACCCAUUGUAAAGCGCUGCGGAAUUUGACGGCGCUCUAUAAAUGUCAUAAUAAUGACAUGUGAAGUGUUAUUUCCUUUGCAUUUUAGGUGUUUGUAUGCUUGGUAAGUGGCCCUACGCAAUUGGUAGAUUUAAUGAUAUUUUAGGACAGGAUGUUACAUGAAGUGCCUUGGUUUUACCUCAAAGCUCAUUUCAAACUUGGCAACUAAAACCUGCUUUCUAUUCCUAGGGAAACGUCCGUUUGGUGUGUCCCUUCUUUACAUAGGCUGGGACAAGCACUACGGGUUCCAGCUGUAUCAAAGUGACCCCAGUGGAAACUACGGAGGGUGGAAAGCCACAUGCAUUGGAAAUAACAGUGCAGUAAGUGCAAUAUGUUUUUAGCACAAUUCAUUCAUUUUCACUAACUAUUUGUGUUGUAUAAAAUGAUUAGGAGUGAUCUGUUAAUUGAAAUCAAACCGCUCUCCACAGGGUUGACCUGUGCAUGUGAUCCGUGUUAGAAUUGAUGUUAUUUACCUGUCCAGUGCCUUGUGGGCCAUUAUUACAAAAUUCUGAUUUUGCUUGUGCUUUAGAACAGUGCCCAUCACAGAGCAAAUAAUCCAAAAUCAAGUAAGGCUACUGUACAGUGCCCUGUAUUCUGUCUGAGCACAAAGCAAUCUAUAACAGUGCACUGUGAUGGAUUGAAAAUGGAAUUAGCUAUAGGUGGCUGAAAUAGUUGCACACUGAUUCAAAUUACAUAUUGUGGAUGGAAUUUAAGUCCAUUUUUAAUUCACAUUUCACUUUUUAGUGUAUAUACACCCAUUCAACAUGUCUUUUAUGAAAGGAACCCAUCCAUUGUACUGUGUCAGUGCUAAUGUGCCCAGCUUUUUCUAAUUGUCUGAUUGGGCUGUAUAGCUUUUCAUUCUGAUAUGCUAAUGCAGUGGUAUCACUGACUCUUUCUAAACAUGGUUAAACUGAAGCAAUAUUCAUAAAAUCUAAACAUUGUCUUUAGGCAGCAGUUUCCAUGCUGAAGCAGGACUACAAGGAAGGAGAGAUGAGUCUCAAAUCAGCUCUUGCACUAGCUGUUAAAGUCCUCAACAAAACCAUGGAUGUCAGCAAGCUGUCAGCUGAAAAGGGUAAUUCUAUUUUUUGUUUUGUUUGUUUGGCUUCAGCUAUUUUUGUCCUAUUUAAAACAUACUUGUUGAGAUUUUGUACAUUAUAUUUACAUAGAUCCCACAUUUAAGAACUGUAUUUGUGUGAAAUUAAAAUUUAAAUGUAGAACUGCUCCGCUCUUUACGCUGCAGCUGGGCUUCUCCAUCCUAGCUAUCAGUCUAUCAUUAUCGGCUCUGUCUUGUCCGCCUGGCGGGAAGCAUAGACCAUGCAUGCGAGAAGAGGAGAAACAAAACUGUUUCUUCUCCUUGUUUGCAAUGUGUGCCCUGGACCCAACUGGAUUGUGAUGCCAUUUGCUAAAUAUUUAAUAAACCUAAAAAAAAUAGCAUAACAUGUUAACAAUUAACCUCCGUAAUAGGUGUUUUUUAAUGUGUUAUUUGCUGGUGUGAAGUGAUGGCUACCCUCUAAGUGUUUAGAGUAACAUGGUGAGAAUGCUAUAUUUUUCGGUUUUCCAGGUACACUAUACUAAUGUUAUUUACAAUAACGCCUAUUCAUUACAAAUGCUUUACUGGCUUAUUUACUAAAGUGAAAAUUUAAGGUCAGAACAGCCAAACUGAAAGCAUAGUUGACCUUGUGGCCUUAAAUUUGAACUUCACUGUGAAUUCUCACUUUAGUAAUUAACCCUGUUAGGCAUCUGUUACACACAAUUUCAGGGAAUCUGUGUGCUCUUUCAAUUUCAAAAAGCAUGCUAUUUAGCAUUUGCAGCACAUGUUGUAUCUGAGUGCUAAAUUUGCAUUGGAGGCUGAUUGACAACUACAGCAAGCUGCAGCAGAAAUAUAAGCCCCAAAGCUAUUUUGUACUUACAGGAGUCGAAUACAAUUUCACUCAGUGAUAUAUUUACAUAUUUUGUAGGAUUUGUGACAUUUACUGUGGAAUUGGUAAUAUAGCAAUAUCGCAGUGACACAUAUAUAUUUUAAGAUAAUGUGACUCUUACUAAACACACUCAGUUCUAUCCAGCACCUGAAUAUAAAUUGUGAUCUCUGUAUAAAAAUAUCACUAGCUGGAAGGUUAGCCCUUGCCUGUUAACAGUCACAUAUUUGUGGGGUUUAUUUAUUUGACUUUUGUCUAAGUUGACACGUGUGGUUUGCAGCAAAAAAAUAAUUAUAUUUCGCCUUAUAAAAAGGACCUCUGUUCUUAACAGCCUACCGUAUCUGUUUUUAAAAUAAAAUGUCUAAAAGUAUCUAAUAUAUGGAACUAAACAUAUGCAAAUAGAUAUGACUUUGCAAUUUAUUACAUUUGACAUUGAAUGUCACGUGACUGAGUUUUACUUGAUUGUUGCUGUGGAAGCACCUCUAGUGGCUGUCAGAAUGACCGCCACUAGAGGCAUGUUUACCCUGCAAGUUAAACAUUGAAAUUUCUACAAAACGGCAAUGUUUAAACUUGAAGGGUUCAUUUGACAGGACCACUUCACUGAGAUGACCUCUGUGACUUGAGUGGCCCUUUUAAUAUGAUUCAGGUGUAGUGAAGUAGGAAGAACAUUCCAGGUAAAUUUAGUUUUAACACGUGUUCCCAGUUUUUGCUUGUACAGUUAUACAUAUAUCCAAUAUUGUAAAUAAUCUUGCAUUUUAAAUGAUCUUUCACAGACUGGAAACUUGAUUCAGUACUAAUGAUUUAUUUAUUUUCUUUUAUAAACAGUGGAAAUUGCCACGUUAACAAGAGAGAACGGAAAGACCAAGAUAAGAGUCCUAAAGCAGAAAGAAGUUGAGGAAUUAAUAAAAAAACAUGAAGAAGAAGAAGCAAAAGUAGAAAAAGAGAAAAAAGACAAAGAACAGAAGGAAAAAGACAAAUGAGUUUGGUUUAAAAAAAAAAAAAAAAGUCUCUCGGAUUGUGUAUUUUUUUUUCGUGCACAUUUAUAUUUCCAAAUUUUCAGGUCUGGACUACAGUGACCAGUCAAACAAAUGUUUUUGUUUGAAUCUCAAAUGUAUUUUUUUUUCUAUUCUAAAAAAAUAAACAAAUAUAAAAAAACAGUUGUUAAGCACCUUUUAAUAAUGAAAAUAAUGUUGCCCAGUUUGGUAAACUGGUACUUUAGAAAUGGUUGUCUUUAGUAGUGUUUUGUCUAUUGUUAAUGGACACAAUAGCAUAAUGCUUAAUAUUAGGCUUCAAUUGUUUUUUCCACUCCUGAUUUUUUUUUUUCUUAUUACAAGAGAUGUUACAAUAGGCUCUAGAGUGACAUAAUCCAUUAUUAGUUUUGAAAAUGAAUAGAAUUUCCUGCACAAUCAAAGGAUAAAGAAAACUAGGGACAGAGGUUUCAUCUAAUUGAAGUGGUCUGGGUGCAGUGUCCCAGUCCCACUUAGUUCUGCAAUUUAAAUUAUUGCCGUUUUUGAGAAACUGUUCAUAACAUUGCAGGACUAAGACUGCCUUCAGAGAUAGCCACUAGAGGCACUUCCUGGUUGCUAACAG